UUUUUGCAAGCGGAGGCAUGCAUCCUGAAGCCUCGCUGCAAGAUAUGGUCGAGGUCGCAGCGUCCCCUGCAGAGCCUCGGCGCACCGACGUUGUCUUGUCGUCGAAUGCCCUCGAUCGCCCGCUUCCAGGGCCUCCCUCAAGCGAACUGGUGCAGCUCGAACACGUAUCAAUUGUCAUGCUGCAUCCCAAUGUGACCACCGACAUUCGCGCGAUCGUCAACACUUGCAACGAGCAGAGCCAGGCCACGCGCCGCGGCAGUGUCGCGGCCAACACGACCUUUGUGACUGCCAAGCCCGAGGCCCGAAACAGCGUGAUCCAUCUCCAGCGCCAGCUGCAAGGACACUGCGACACCUCGAGCCGGGUGCGAACGUCGCGAGCGCACUUUGACAUGACAACCCUUCGUACGGGCGAUAACCCGAUCGACGACCCGUUUGCUAUCGCGAAUUUGCCCCCCGACAUCCAGCGCGGGUUUCGGAUGAAGGUGUUUGGGCUGCUGGCCGUCCAGUUGUUGUAUGUUUCGAUGACAACCUCGAUUUUGACAUUUGCACCGACGGUACAGCGUGGGCUGUGGACAUGGCUCCAAGAAGACUACGCCGCCGUCGUGCUCCUUGCCGCGUUCGUGGCUGGUCUCGUUGUCCUUCACGCCGUCAAGUACUCGUACCCUGUCAACUACAUUGUGUUUGCGAUCUUUUCAACGUGCCAAGCCGUGUUGGUCACGGCGAUCGGCAUUCAAUUCGACACGUACGCCGGAUGCGUCGCUUGCUACGCGUCCCUGCUGGUCGUAUUGCUGCUCAUGGAGUUCUCCACCGCCAAGUCGGGCGCGUUGUUCAUGGGGCGUGCACGCGAGCUCGUGCCAAUCCGCGUAGCCGGGGCAGGCGCAUUUGUCGUCGCGGCGGUCCCGUUGGCGGUCGCGUACGGGAUCUUCCAAGACAUGCUCAUGACGCCCCUCGAGUUUGUCCUCGUUCUCGCGUUUGUCGUGCUGAUGACGACGUGGUUUGCCUGCGACGUGUCGUACAUUUGCAAGCGCCUGUCGCCCGACGAGUACAUGCAAGGCACUGUGUUCUUUUACACGGACAUGCUUGUGUUUCUGAUGGUCGUGUUCACACUCGUGGCCAUGGCGACGACGGGGACCGCCUUGCCUGGGAUGUGUAGCUCGUGCCGGUGCCUGUUCGACCCGAUCGGCGGCAACUCCCCCGACGACACGAGAGACGGUGCCCAUGACGACGCCGUGCCUCACGUUGUACCGAUGGCUGCGAUUCCUCCAACUGAACAGCGCUAAAACGGAGUGCUGGUUUUGC